AUGCUCCGGUGUGGAGAUGUUCUAGCCCAACAACUAGUCGAUCGUAAGGGAUUUGAUAAGCACGACCUGGCAAGAACGGGACGCAUGGCCCUUUAUGGUGGAGCGAUCUUCGGGCCGGCUGCUACCACCUGGUACGGUGUUCUCCAGCGUCACGUCGUCCUGAAUAACGCCAAAACUACCCUCAUUGCCCGUGUCAUCGCGGAUCAAUGUGUCUUCACUCCCGCACACCUUACUUGUUUCUUGUCCUCCAUGGCUAUCAUGGAAGGCACCGAUCCGAUCGAGAAGUGGCGCAAUGGUUUCGUUCCCAGCUUCAAAGCAAACCUUGCGAUUUGGCCUCUCGUUCAAGGAGUCAACUUUGCCAUCGUGCCACUUGAGUACCGCGUGCUUUUUGUCAACCUAGUCGCUUUGGGUGUGUAUUCCGGCCUUCUACUAAUAUCGAAUGAUGCUGACGCCAUUAGGCUGGAACUAUAUCCCUACACUGUCCAUAGUAUGGAUUUAGUACUUAGUAUUCUGGACUAA